CGUUUGACCAAUCACCAGUCCCGGCUCUGGUCCACCACCAAUGACGCAAUUCAACCCUGCAUGUGAGCGAAGGAUGCAGAGACUACUCAGCAGAGUUUUUGCACCAGUACAAAUUCAAAGAAACCUAAAACUUGUCGUUGACCACCAGUGCUUUGGCUCUGAAGUCUUGCCCAGGCUUGGUUUUUCUAUGAACCCGAUGACAGAGCUUAAACUGUACCAGCCCCCUCCAGAGGUUCGGGGUAUGACCUCCCUGGAUAAAGAGGCCUUCACACAGACCAUUACAGUGCCAGCUCUACGAGUGCCCACUGGGGUUUUAAACAAAGUGGUAAAGAGCCUGAGAAAGUCGACCUUACAGCGCCCAGGACUGCCCAGAGUGGUACAAGAUAAAGAGGAGAGUAAGGACUUUCGUUUGGUCCUAUUGGACCCUCACAGAGUGUCCUCCCCAAGUUCCUUCAGUGAGGCUGAAGCUGAGGCUCUGAGGUCGUUUUGUGUCACUGAAGAGCUGCAACACUAUGAUCUGCGACUAACCUAUGACAACCUGAAGAGCGAAGAAGUGCUGGAGGCCGUGCUCCCCCAGGGUCAGGAUGUGACCUCUGCGUUCAGCCGGGUGGGACACAUUGCACACAUGAACCUGAGGGACCACCAGCUCCCAUACAAAAACCUCAUAGGUCAAGUCAUCAUGGACAAAAACCCUGGUGUUACCUGUGUGGUCAACAAGACCAGCAUAAUCGACUCCACUUACCGCAACUUCAAGAUGGAGGUGUUAGCUGGAGAGGAGAACAUGCUGACCAAAGUAAAAGAAAACGGCAUGAUGUAUGAAUUUGAUUUUUCUCGUGUAUACUGGAACCCUCGGCUGAGCACCGAGCACCAGCGUGUGGUUCAGCUCUUCAAACGUGGUGACACUGUGUUUGAUGUGUUUGCUGGUGUCGGGCCCUUCACCAUCCCAGCCGCACGCCAGGGUGCCAAUGUGUUAGCCAACGAUCUCAACCCAGAGUCCUACCGCUGGCUGCAGCACAACUGCAAGCUCAACAAGGUGGAGAGCAAAGUCCGAACCUUUAACCUGGACGGCAGAGCAUUCAUCCAGGGACCGAUGAAGCAGGAGCUACCUGCACUGCUGAAGGGAAAAGCCACUGUUCAUGUGGUGAUGAACCUGCCUGCUUUGGCUCUGGAGUUUUUGGAUGCAUUCAAAGGCCUGCUGCACCAGGAACCUCUGUGGGAUGAGAACCUCCCCACAGUGUACUGCUACGGUUUCUCCAAAGAUGAUAACCCCGACAUGGACGUGGUGCAGAGAGCUUCCCGCAGUCUCCAGUUCCCUCUGGAGAAUUUGUGCUCAGUGCAUUUUGUGCGUAAUGUAGCACCCAACAAAGAUAUGAAGUGUGUGACAUUCCCGCUCCCUAAAGAAGUCCUCUUCAGCAGUGAUGACAAACAGACAGAGCCCUCAGAAGAACCGGCCCCAAAGAGACAGAAGUGUGAGGAAACUAUGGCUUCGUGAUAGUAAUUGUCUCAACCUGGCACUGUGGGAAUUAAAAGAAAACAUUUGGCUUUUUUUUUUUUCUCCAAACUGACUUUCAUUGAUGCUUUUAUCACAGAUGUCUUUGCAUCUUGUCAUAAGCAGCCAUUAUUUCCUUUUGUUUAUUCCAGAAUGUAUUACAUUAAUUAUUACUGUAGGCAGUGUAUCGUUCACUUUGAGUUGCUUAAUUUUUAAAUAAAUCUGUAAA